GCCGUUGUACUCUCCCACGUUCUCCUGCUUGGGAUCAGAUAGCAACACCCUGAUCCUUCUUUCUCUCAACGCUUCCACCAUGCAUCGUCUUCUCCGCCGCACCCGCUCGGCCGACUUCGACGCGCCGGCGUCCACUCCGUUUGCCGCCGUUCCCGUCGCCACGGCCGCUACUGCUGCGGUUGCACCUCCUCAGGCAGCUCCCGCUGCUACGGUCACCACCACCCCGGCUGCACCCGCGCCCCGCCGUGCGCACCUCGGCGACCUGGGCAAGACGCCAGUCCCUGGAGGCGUUGCGGCUCCUUCCUCGUCCACCUCGGCGCCCCGUGCGGCGCCCUCUGCCCAGCCAGCCACCGGCGUCCUGCGCACCGCCGGCAGCACCCCUGUCCCGCGUCUCACGCUGGGCGGCCCCGGCAGCGCCGUCGUCACACACCUCGGCCCGGGGCGCACCGACGCCGGUCCUUCCUCAACUGCCGGCCUCCCGCCCUCCAUCGCCCACUACUUCACCAGCAAGCUUCACCUCGAGUCCGGUAACUACUCGCGCUGGCAUCAAUUCUUUUACAUCAUCGCUUGCAAACAUGAGGUUCAGCAUCAUCUCGACGCCGCCACCGACCCGCUCGGCCAGAGCGCCGUGUGGCGCAACGACGACCUGUCCGUGGUGUUGUGGAUGCACGGCGUUGUCGCCGAGGAGCUCCUGGACGUCGUGGCGUCCCCGGACAGCACCGCCUACGACAUCUGGUCCCAGCUCCACGUCCUCUUCAUGGACAAUCAGCCGGGCCGCGCCGUCGUCCUCGGCGCCGAGUUCCGGAACCUCGUCCAGGGCGACCUCUCCGUCGACGAAUACAGCAGGAGGCUCAAGUCCCUGGCCGACGCUCUCGAGGACGUCGGCGAGCACAUCUCCGAUCAGGCCCUCACGCUCCAGCUCAUCUGCGGCCUCAACCGCAAGUUUCAGAUCAUGGCGACGCUCCUCCCGAUGCAGUCGUCGUUCCCCUCCUUCGUGCAGGCCCGCUCUAGUCUCCUCAUGGAGGAGAUCUCUGCCAACGAGCGGGCUAGGCUGGACGGCCGUCCGGAACUCCCCGCCGCUGCACUCACCAUCGGGCACACCCCGAGUGGCGGCCCCUCUCCCUCCCCUGAUCGCGGAUCAGGCAGCGACUCCGCCAACAAGAGCAAGGGCCCCGCUGCAUCUUCCCCGGGCGACAGGGGCAGUGGCUCGCGCAGGCGUGGGCGCGGUCGUGGCCGUGGCCGCGGCGCCCAGUCAUCUGGUGGCGCUCCCGCUGGACGCAGCGCCGCUCCAGCAGGGCCGCAUCCCCCGACUGGCUUCUUCGCUCCAUACAGCGCCCUCCUCCCCGGCCUACCUGCACCACGGGCCCCUUGGGCUGCGCCGAACGCCGCCGGCGUCCUAGGCCCACGUCCUCCUGCACCGCAUCAGGCCUACCCCCUGCACUCGACGCCUUCGAGCAGGCCUACCUGGGAGCAGUAGAAUCAGCUGUACGCCGCUCUCCAGGGCCUCUCCAUGCAGCAGCAGCACGCCGGCGGCACCCCGGAUUGGUUUCUCGACACGGGCGCCACGUCGCACGUCGCUGGACCUAGCCAUGGGGAAGCUAAUCAUGAGGUCCAAUAGCCAUGGGGACCUCUAUCCUUUCUUCAACAACUCUGACGUUCAAGCAAUGCUCUCCAUCUCCACCGAUGACAUAUGGCAUCUUCGUUUAGGGCAUGCUAGCAAUAAAUCGGUUUCCAUUCUAGCACGUGAUUUUCUUCCAAAUUGUAAUAAAGCUAUGCCUAGCACUUCCGUUUGCUCAUCAUGUAAACUUGGCAAGCAGCCUCGACUUCCUUUUUCCCAUUCCAUUACUAAAACAAGUGCGCCUUUCCAAUUAAUACAUUGUGACUUGUGGACCUCGCCGGUGCAUAGUUUCUUUGGUUUUCAGUAUUACCUAGUGCUUCUUGAUGACUACUCCCAUUACUCCUGGACGUUUCCCUUGCGCAACAAAUCCGACACCGCCGACACAAUCACUCGUUUCUUUGCGUAUGUUCUUACCCAAUUUCACGUCACGAUUCAAUGUAUGCAAUGCGACAACGGUGGCGAGUUCCUCACUACUUCCUUGCGCGAGCUCUUCUCCAAAAACGGUGUCUCCUUCCGUUUAUCUUGCCCGCACACCUCACCACAAAACGGGAAAGCCGAGCGCCUCAUACGCACCACCAACGAUGUACUUCGUGUGGUCCUCGUCCACGCACACCUCCCACCCCCUUUUUGGGUCGAAGCGCUACAUACUGCCACCUACAUCCUCAACCGUCGUCCCUCCUCAGCCAUACACUUCGUGACGCCUCACUUCGCUCUUUUUGGCCAGCAUCCCACAUAUGACCACAUGCGUGCCUUUGGGUGUUUGUGCUUUCCCAACACCAUAGCUACUAGUUCCCAUAAGCUCGCUCCCCGCUCAUCUCGUUGCGUUUUUCUCGGGUAUC